CUCUCUCAAGUUUGGAAUUGAAUUAGAAGAGUGGAUAAUCUUCGUGGGGGUGAACACAGGGAAGGAGAAAAGGGGAGGAAUCGACAGAUUCUAAAAUGACGCAUUAGCCCAUCUGUUUCUUCAUUUCUUCUUUCCUCCGUUUUCUUUUCAAAUUUGAUUUCGUCUUCUUUUGGGUGACCUUCUUUGCUUCUAUCAGCUUCGGGGUUGAGUAAGCUGUAGAAUUCAUUAUGGUGGCAACUGCUGCUACUUCGUCGUUCUUUCCGGUUACUUCGCCAUCACCAGACUCUGGUGCGAAGGCAGCCAAGCUUGGUGGUGGGCCUGUGAACCUUGGAGGGCUCAAAUCAAAAUCCACAGCUCAUGGUGGAUUGCAAGUUAAGGCCAAUGCCCAAGCCCCUACCAAGGUCAAUGGAUCCACAGUUACUACAUCUGUGGAAGGCACGAAGCAUGGUGAUGAUUUGCCAUCACCUCCUCCAAGGACAUUUAUCAACCAGCUACCUGAUUGGAGUAUGCUUCUUGCUGCUAUCACAACAGUUUUCUUGGCUGCGGAGAAGCAGUGGAUGAUGCUUGAUUGGAAACCAAGGCGACCUGACAUGGCUUACGACCCCUUUGGAAUAGGAAGAAUUGUUCAGGAUGGUCUUGUGUUCCGUCAGAACUUUUCCAUCAGAUCAUAUGAAAUAGGUGCUGAUCGAACGGCAUCUAUAGAGACAUUGAUGAACCAUUUGCAGGAAACUGCACUUAAUCAUGUGAAGACUGUUGGGCUUCUUGGUGAUGGCUUUGGUUCCACGCCAGAAAUGUGCAAGAAAAACCUAAUAUGGGUAGUUGCUAAGAUGCAGGUCGCAGUUGAUCGCUAUCCUACAUGGGGUGAUGUUGUUCAAGUAGACACUUGGGUUUCUGCAUCUGGAAAGAAUGGUUUGCGGCGUGAUUGGCUUGUGCGUGACUGCAAAACUGGAGAAACACUGACCAGAGCUUCCAGUGUUUGGGUUAUGAUGAAUAAACUGACAAGGAGGCUAUCUAAAAUUCCAGAAGAGGUCAAAGGGGAGAUAGGGGGUUAUUUUGUGAAUUCUGAUCCAGUUUUGGAAGAGAAUAACAUAAAGCUACUUAAGCUUGAUGACAACAUAGCGGAUUAUAUUCGAACUGGUUUAACUCCUCGAUGGAGUGAUUUAGAUGUCAAUCAGCACGUUAACAAUGUGAAGUACAUUGGCUGGAUCCUGGAGAGUGCUCCACAGCCAAUCCUGGAGACUCAUGAGCUUUCUGCCAUGUCUUUGGAGUAUCGAAGGGAGUGCGGUAGAGACAGUGUCCUUGAGUCCCUCACAGCUGUCUCUGGUGCAAAUGUUGGUGAUUUAGCUCACAGUGGUAACAUUGAGUGCAUGCAUUAUCUUCGACUUGAGGAUGGUGCUGAGAUUGUGAGGGGGAGGACUGAGUGGAGGCCCAAACACCCGAAGAAACUCGGUACUGCCAUGAACAGGGCAAACAAACUCGGUGCUACCAUAAGCGAGGCUCCAGCAAUGAACACCUAACAUCUAUAAUGGCCAUUGGGCCCUCUUCCUACCACUCCUGGACAAUUCAUGCUUGUCUUUGUCCAAACUUCUCUGUGCCUUCUGAUUGUCUCUUAUAAUAAGGGUAUGGAGGAAAAGUGGAAGUGGUCUCAUUCUCUUUGUAAUUAUCUCUCUAUCUCUGUUCCAUGGUUUUAGCCCGAAAAAGAGAGAACCAAAAAAGAAAAUCUCUGUUCCAUGGUUCUAUUUAUUUAUUAUGGUUAAACACCAUGGCACGUUUCAGCUAGGCUGUGCUGUGUUCGAUAUUUAUUGGUUUCAUUAUAAUGCGUAGGCAUACAUGUAACUAUGUAUGUAUGUAUGUAUGUAUGUAUGUAUAAUGUAAAAUUCUUUUCUUUCACGGGCCAAAUUUGCUUGUGAAGAAAGCACAAUUAUUAUUACUUGAAUGUAUAUUCUGUUGGGGAAGGAGUUUGGUUGCAUGAUUUGAUAUAUACAGCUUGUAAAUGCCAUACUCCCACAUGGGAAUGAUUAUAAUACUUGUGCGCUCUUAGUGGGCCCUUCAUGUU